GACUUUUAACGUUCAUGGUACAGAGGAAGGGUCAAGCUACCACCAGGGUCAUUAUCUACCUCUGGAAAUGUCCCCCACAACGCCUACGAAAGCCUUGUCAAAUAUGUGACUCAUUGACCUCAAGCAUCAACCGCCCCCAAAAUCAUGUUACCGUUGAUGAGGUUUCAGGCCCUGCUGCUGCUCUGCUUCUAAAAGAAGUCCGGUGUCCCAACCUCACUACAACGCUGACUACUGCCUUAAGUGUGGUAGUGGAGGAUAGAGGCCGAGUGGAGGCUACAGCGGACUAUUCCUGCGAGAAGGGGAGGAGGAUAGUCGGGAAUAGUCAGCGGAAGUGUGGUAGUAAUGGUAUCUGGAGUGGCAGUCAACCGCGCUGUGAAUGUCCAGAGGAUGCCUACAACACCAUAGGCUCCGAUAGUAGUAGUAGUAGUAGUGUGAGUACUACUUCUACUUCUACCGCUAGCAACACCGGGCUCUACAUCGGACUAUUCUUCGGGCUCAUCCUGGCGAUAGUCUUCAUAGGAGUGCUAGUCUACUUCAGAAUGUUUUGGGCGCCCAGCCGUACACGUGAACUAACAGUCUUGGCUUCAGGGCAGGUCGCUAAAAUGAGUGGUGGCACUGCCCGGCACUUCCUCAAGAAGGCUCUCCUGCCCCUGACUGGCUGGUGUGACAGUGUUGGCAGUCUGCUGCUUCUUGAAGUCCGGUGUCCCAACCUCACUACAACGCUGACUACUGCCUUAAGUGUGGUAGUGGAGGAUAGAGGCCGAGUGGAGGCUACAGCGGACUAUUCCUGCGAGAAGGGGAGGAGGAUAGUCGGGAAUAGUCAGCGGAAGUGUGGUAGUAAUGGUAUCUGGAGUGGCAGUCAACCGCGCUGUGAAUAUGUGACCUGCGACCUACCACAAGGCUUGGAUAAUGGUAGAAUAGUCCGACUCAACCAGACCCUGGAAUACGGUAGCCUGGUCGAAUAUCACUGUCUACCGGAACACAGGCUGGUCGGGGGGAGCUUCCGGAGGUCGUGUGGCGAGCUGGGCGAGUGGUUGGGUGGAGAACCGAAGUGUGUGUUGGGUCCAGAGGAUGCCUACAACACCAUAGGCUCCGAUAGUAGUAGUAGUAGUAGUGUGAGUACUACUUCUACUUCUACCGCUAGCAACACCGGGCUCUACAUCGGACUAUUCUUCGGGCUCAUCCUGGCGAUAGUCUUCAUAGGAGUGCUAGUCUACUUCAGAAUCCACCAGCACCCAAGACCACGCCCGAGCCCAAGCCCCGACCGCCAGCCCGCCCCAAGGCUCCCUCCAUGGCCUCCUGCAGGGCUUGAGGUGGUCAGGCUCCCCACAGUGCUGCCCCUCGCAGUGCCAGGGCAGUGCCACACCUGUAAGCUGCGGCGCCAUGCCCGGUCUGGGGGCGCCGCUGGACUGUUACUGCCGCUAACACAUGCUGGACUACUACUACUACUACUACUACUACUACUACUACUACUACUACUAUCAGUGAGCUUCUCCUACCAUAUCCACCCAUGCCAUAACACCACCACCACUGCAGCAGAGAUGGAUUUUGAAAGCCCUCAUGUGGAGAAGGAGUUUCCGGGCCUGUACGCCUCUGAGUCCUCCAGAGGCAGCGACAGCAAUUUGUUCAGCUUCGCUCGUCUGGAUAUGGAAUGGGAAAGCGUGACACGGAAUGGUUGCCAGUUGAGAGGGUCUUGGGAGGACAUUUUACCUUGCCUCACUGAAUGCCAAGCUACCAAGGACAACCUCUGCUGCUCUGGGUAUCAACUCCUGCACUCCUGGGACUGGCAUAACAUCUGCAUGCCCUUGUAACAACUCACUGCUUCUGCUAUUCAUAACUCCCUUCACCUUAAAAAAAAUAGUUUGACAUAAUUUGAGAGCAGCAGUACAGGCCAGGUAUCAGAGAGGGGUUCAGGCCUAUAUGGGGACACCUCUGUUAGGCUUGUACCUCAAUAAAUAACUAGAAAAAAGUUGGAAAGUGUUAAACAAUGACCAUACGUUACCUAGUCAUGUGUGAAUCCUGACUAUGGAGGGAGAUUAUCCUCAAACACGUACAGUUAUAUAUAUACAUGUCUUUUACCCACCCAGGUGUGCAGUACGGGUGGUGAACUCUGACCUCUAUGAAAUAAAUAUACGUAACAGGAA